UUUCAGAUAGAAAAAGAAAUAUUUAAAAAUAUAUUCCCCUAAAUAAAAUUUUAUUAUCCGUUUCCUUCUUCGCUCAGAACUUUCCCCCAAUUUCCAUUUCUAUUCAAAACCUAUACAUACAUAUACCAAUUAUAUUUGUACAUAAAAUAAAGAUAGUUGUAAGUAAUAAUCUUUGCAAGUAUUGUAUUUAAAUGUACAACACAAAUCAUCACCAAUUACAUUGAAUUAUCAGAUUCAAAUUGGUGAAUAUGAGUACACUCACUAGCUGUAGCUACACAAGCACACUCAAUUUAGGGUUUCGUGUUAGACCUAAUUAUAAUAAUAAUAACAAUAAUAAUCGUAUCGAUUUCGCAGCUCGGUUUCAGCUAUAUAGAAAGCACAGUAAUGUUUUGUGUAGUAGUAGUAGUAGUAGUAGUGUUAGAGAUUUAUUGCUGUUGAAAAACUACAUGCACAAGAGAAUUUUAGGUUUAGAUUUUGGUGGAUUUAAGUGUUGUGCUAGUGGUGGUGGUGGUGGUGAUAAUAAUGAUGGUGGUGGUGAGGAUAAUGAUGUGGCUAAGGAUUCAAAUUUGGCAACCAUUUCGCCCGACGACAGGGUGGUUGGAGGUGAGGCCGAUUCGGAGAAGCAGGUGGUGCAGCCUCCGUCUUCGGUUUCUUCUAGGCCACCCACAAUUUCUCCACUCGAACCAUAUAAUAACUUCCAAGUGGACUCUUUUAAACUUAUGGAACUGCUUGGACCAGAAAAAGUUGACCCCGUUGAUGUAAAGCUAAUAAAGGACAAACUUUUUGGCUAUUCGACCUUUUGGGUGACAAAAGAAGAGCCAUUUGGAGACUUGGGUGAGGGCAUUCUUUUUCUUGGAAAUCUUAGGGGAAAUAGAGAAGCCGUUUUUGCAAAACUCCAGAGUCAGUUAGCUGAAAUCAUGGGUGAUAAAUAUAACCUCUUUAUGGUAGAGGAACCCAACUCGGAAGAUCCAGACCCACGUGGUGGCCCGCGGGUUAGCUUUGGCAUGCUGCGGAAAGAGGUCUCGGAUCCUGGGCCAACAACACUUUGGCAGUAUGUUAUCGCCCUCUUAUUGUUUGUUCUCACCAUUGGUUCAUCUGUGGAGCUUGGAAUUGCAUCUCAGAUAAAUCGUCUUCCUCCUGAGGUAGUUAAGUAUUUUACAGAUCCAAAUGCCAUUGAACCGCCAGAUAUGCAACUGCUUUAUCCAUUUGUAGACGCAGCUUUGCCACUGGCAUAUGGAGUUUUGGGUGUUCAGUUGUUUCAUGAAGUUGGGCAUUUUCUUGUUGCAUUUCCCAAGAAAGUGAAGUUGAGCAUUCCUUUCUUCAUUCCCAAUAUCACUCUGGGAAGCUUUGGAGCAAUUACUCAGUUUAAAUCGAUUCUUCCUGAUAGAAAGACCAAAGUCGACAUUUCUCUAGCGGGCCCCUUUGCGGGAGCUGCACUAUCACUUUCGAUGUUUGCUGUAGGCCUGCUGCUUUCUUCAAAACCAGAUGCUGCCGCCGAUAUGGUGCAGGUUCCUAGUACGCUAUUCCAGGGCUCUUUACUUCUCGGGCUCAUUAGCCGAGCCACACUUGGCUAUGCUGCAAUGCAUGGAGCCACAGUGUCGAUCCAUCCUCUUGUAAUUGCUGGCUGGUGUGGGUUGACUACGUCGGCUUUCAAUAUGCUUCCAGUUGGAUGCCUUGAUGGUGGAAGAGUGGUUCAGGGAGCGUUUGGGAAGGAUGCACUUGUUGGAUUUGGUUUGACUACUUACUCUCUACUUGGGUUUGGAGUGCUUGGUGGACCCUUAUCGCUUCCGUGGGGAUUGUACGUUUUGAUAUGCCAGAGGACACCAGAAAAACCUUGCCUGAAUGAUGUAACAGAGGUUGGAACAUGGAGGAGAACAGCGGUGACGGUGGCAAUAUUCUUAGUUGUUUUGAUACUUCUACCAGUAUGGGAUGAGUUGGCAGAAGAGUUGGGUAUUGGUCUUGUGACCACAUUUUAAACGAUAAGAAUAGGAUCAGUCACAUAAAUGUAAGUUAAAAUUUAAUUGAAAGGCAGUUAAGUUUCUCAA